ACACUUUGUCUAUAGACAAAUCUCGCUCCAGAUCAUGUAUGAACAGUGUCUCAGUAAACAGGCCCUGAAGAUGAGAUGAUCCGGCUCAUGUUUUCCACUCUGUAGUGCAAAGUCCAAGAUAAAUUUCUUCAUAUGGACAGGGUCAUCAGCAAACAGGCAGAGUGAUUCAGCUCAACAGAAGACGGAAGAAAAUUUGACGUCAGCCCACAAAAGUGAAGACUAAUGGGAAACUAGAGUCACUCAUCUCUUGGGUUCCAGACAGCAGAUCAGUCCCCAGCAGAACAGUUUGGCCUAUUUUCUGUCUUUCAGAAAGUACAUAACUGAGCUGACAAACAUGGCAUACACCAAGUUUUUUGUCGUUGUUCUAUUUUUUCUUUGCAACUUGGCUGUGGUUCUCACAGACAACACUGCAUCUUGCUACAGGAUUGAACCCGGGACAAUAGCAGGCAUCAUCUGUGCAGACGUGUUGCUGACGCUCAUCAUUGUCAUCGUCACUUACCGUUGUGCCAGCUUUCGGCGGCAGAGGAUUGAUAAUGCUGACAAAGUGUACAUGAAUGUCCGGGCCAACUGCAAGAGCUAAUCUAAGAACACAAUUGUGCAGUACAUUAUGAAAUUAUGUUCAGUUUUUUUAGAUCCUGCCUUUUAAAAUAGGCAUUUAUGAGAUAUUGCCAUAAAAGAUUAAUCAAACAAUUUUUACAUUUAACAAGAAGCACAAGUAAAGUGUCUCUUAAAUAUCAAAUUUUAUACACACACAAUAAACACAGUCAUAAGUCUUAAUCCAUAGAAACCAUUUUACGGGGAUUUGACUAUUAAUACACUUUAACUAUUAUAGAGCUACAGUUGUCAUAGUCUCCUGUAUAAAAGGCUUUAAAACUCCAUAAAGAAUCUUUUACAUUCAGUCGCAAUGUGUGCUUGUGCUCUUCAGCUAUCUGCUAAAAUCUUAGAUCUUAUUAUAAGAUGAUUAGAAUUAUAAUAUUAUGAUGUAUUACUAAAGUUGUAUCACACUGUUCAGUAGAAGCUGAAUCAUAUUAACCAACUAUAAAAUAUCUCUGAGGGUUAUUCAUGUUGGAACUGUAACUAAACCAUACAGAAUCCUCUGCAGUUGACUCUUAAGAGCAACAAAUACGCUGUUUUAACAGGUCCUGAAGAUUUUCGGUAAAUAUUCCUAGUAUGAAAAGCUGUAUCGAUAUGAUUGAUUUUAAGACACAAAAGACAGACUUAGUGUUUUUACAUAGAUGUUGAUACAUAGAUGCCGUGUGAGUAACACAGGAGACCUGAUCAGAUUUCGGAUGGAUGACGUUAAGUCCUCUGUUGUGUGCUGAGGUGAAAUGGUGGUUAAACUGCUGCCUGCCAUUUCAGUCAAACAAACAACAUGGUGACCGAAGCUAAUUCAGUAUCUCUGUAUCAUCUGUCUGAUCUACCUACUCAGUAGGUGCACUAUGUUGCUUCAUCACUAAGCAGAGCUAUAUGCAGUGGACAGACUCUUGUAAAGAUAACUACCUUGCAUGCAGAUUUUUUUUCAAGAGGCCAGACAUGGGGACACAGACAUAACUGAACUGUUGCUUCUCACUUUCACAAAAAAUUGGGAUGUUGUUACAGAGACGUUGGGCUUAUAACUGCCCAAAGGUGAUGGUUCCUUUUAUGGUUAGACUUAAUUAAGAGCAGCUUUUGACACCAUAUACCAUUGCAUAAUAAAUAGGCACUGGCAGUUGGUUGACACAGGUUUAAUUCUCUUGUAAAAAAAAAAUGUUUUCUCCUGUUACCAGCCCCUCAAAUCUCUGAAGCACCUUGAGGUUCAGUUCUAUAUCCUUGUCUUCAUUUUACAGUUUAUCUUCCUGUGAGAUUCAGCAAUUGCACCUCACCUCUUUGUUUUUUCUAUUUGAUACUAAGCAAAUUUUCUCUGACAGAACUCUCAUCUGGAGGGCAUCCUGGUGGCUUGUGGGCUUAAGACUCAUCCGUAUAACUGCAGGGUCCUUGGUUCAAGUACAGCUAAUUCUUUGCACAUUAACUAUAGGGUAUUUAUAAGAGGAACAUUUGGGUGACUAGGUUAUGAAAAAUCUGUGUGGUGAGUAAUUAGUAAAAGGACAUAGUAUAAUAAAUGUUAUUUAGUCAUUGAUAAAAAUGUUUUCAACAAUUUGAAAAGUUCUUGGCUGCACUUUAUGACACAUGUUGGUAAAGCAGAGGAAAACAAGACUAUGGGGAGCAAGGGAGUGACUAUCAGACACUUAAAAGGAAAGGAGAAGAAUACUCUAAGUAUACUUGUAAGUACUGGGCCUCUUCAGGGUAUAGAAACCAAACUUAAAUGUCAGGGGAAAUGGUGUUAACAAUCUUCUUAUUGUGCAAUUAAAGAGGAAAAAAGGAAGAACAGCUACACAUUAUGUUACACAUACCUUACUGUGAUUACUGUGAAAAAUAAUUGUACCAUGCUCUUCAUUUAACAUUCAAGAUUAGCUUGGUUUCAUCAUGAUAUGAUUUGGUUUUUCUUUUCUCUAAAAUGCCCAGACAUUACUAGUCUUGUUUUCGUCCACUUUACUUAAAUCUAAGUAUCAGUCAGAACAAGGAGGUAUUUUAUCAGUAUGUGAUUCAUACAGCAAAUUACACUGUAAAUGUUGGACUGUUACCAUUUUUCAUGAUAAAUAUUAUAAAUGUUGAUAAAUGGAUAGAGCGAGAAGCCCAGCUCUUUUCCAGAAGGUCAGAGGUCAAACAACCUCUCUCCCGAUGAAAUACCAAGAUAAAAAGAGAAAUUUGUUCUAAUAGAUGAGAAUAAACACCGGCAGAAGGGAUUUUUCACAACCUGGCAACCCUUAAGUUGCUCUUAUUCAUGGUUUAUAACUGAUCUGCGAAGUACUAGUAAAUUACAAACUGACCAUUAUUAUUAUUCGUAGAGGGAAUGAUGGUUUUGCUACUGGAGUGUCUUAUUACCCAGUCUUUAAAUUCCUUUUUAAGCUUAUUUUUUCCUGAUGUUUUUAAUUAUGUGUGUAACUUUUUAUAUAUGGCUCUGUUUAAUUAUUUACUACAGGUUUAUUUAAUGCAGUAUUCAUUUUUUUUAAUUUAAUUUUUUUUUAACCUUCUAUGUGUGGCACUUUGUAAACAUAAAUAAACAUUAUCAUCAUCA